AAGGAAACAAGGGGAGAAAUAACAGUCCGUCCACCUUGACCUUUUCCCCUGUUCCCCGUUGCAACGACUUUUCUAGAUCUUUUUUUUGAUGGCUCUCCAACUCCAUCUCUCACGCGACUACAGCUCAAUCGACGGAAUCGCCCUCCUCGAAGCCCCUCCAUCGUACAAGGACUUUCUCAAGUGCUAUCUCGAACCCAACCUCCCUGUUAUCAUCGGUUCUGAGCUGACAGUACAUUGGCGCGCACGGCAGGAAUGGGUAUGCCACGAUACGGGUAAACCAGAUUUUGAUGCUCUGCGGACGCAGCUAUGUAGCAGGGCCCCUAUACAAGUCCCCGUCGCUGAUUGUCAAUCCAAGGAUUUUACGGAUCAAAAGCGCUCAACCAUGGAUCUGGGCGAGUUUCUGGACGAAUGGGAGGCGCAGAGCAAGGUCAAUGCACCCUCGCGCACGUACUUGAAAGACUUCCAUUUCGUGAGGACGUUCCCGUCGCUUGAGGUUUACGAGACCCCAGAGAUCUUUCGCGACGACUGGAUGAAUGAGUUCUGGACACGUCAAAAUGAUAUAGACGACGACUAUCGUUUCGUGUAUUGCGGGGGCGACGGCACCUUUACCCCGUUUCACGCCGAUGUGUACAGAUCAUACUCGUGGUCCGCCAAUAUUUGCGGUGUCAAAAAGUGGACCCUCUUCCCGCCCGGUCAGGAGCACCUCUUCCGCGAUAGUCUCAAGAACACUGUCUAUGAUAUUGAGAACGUCGACCCAGUUCAGUUCCCUGAUUUUAACAAAGCGAAGCGGUUCACCGUAUAUCAACAGCCAGGACAGACGUUGUUCGUACCCUCUGGAUGGUGGCAUCAGGUGCAGAACAUUGGCGAUACCAUCUCGAUCAACCACAACUGGUGUAAUGGGUCAAAUCUGGACCUUUUACUAGAUUCUAUAUGCUCAGAUCUGAAGGAAGUGGAGCAAGAGAUCGAGCAUCUGAAAGAUAUGAUGGAUGAAGGCGAAUGGAUCGAGACAUGUCAGAAGCUAUUAUUACUGAACAGCGGAUGGGACUGGAGUACUAUUUGGAACAUGUGCAUGACAAUACGGAUCAGAAUCAAACAACAGAUGGGCCACACAGACCCCGGAUCGUCACCAUCGGACUCCAAUUCGAUUACUUUGCAGGAUGGACAAGCGCUUCCGAGAAAGACGCCCAUUUUUGAGCCACCACUCAUUUCGCAACAACCUCCUCUUGAUCUCACACUGAAGCGCAUUAAUGCCGUACAGGAGUUUAUCAGGAACCAAAAGUCGGCAACAUGGUUUCUUUCGCAAGUCAAAGGCGUAUCAUUAUUGAGAGAUGAAUAAAAUAACAAUAUUAAGCG